ACAUCAGCUGUUAGUAGGCGCUACGGUGAAACGACUUUCCCCUUUUUGUUCAAUUUUUACAGAUUUGUUUUGUAAACAUAAAGUUUUAUAUAUAUUUUAUUUUCCCAUCGAAAUUGUGAUAAUCAAAGUGCAAAAAUUUACUGUGAUAAUCUGACACAAAAUUAAGCUCUCUCUCUGAAACUUAACUAUCUCAGGAGUUAAGCCAACUUUGAUACUUUCCAUAAAAAAAAAGUAUUUGUGAAUAUUAAUUGGCAAUAGCCGAGCAACGAGUAAAAAACGACAGCAAAAAUGGUUUAUGCCGGACGCCUCGUCAAUUUUAGUCUAAGAGCCAUCAGUAGACUCUCGACUGUCCAAGCGUUGAAUACUAAUAGUAAACUAUUAGCUAACAACCCACGACAAUUAUCCACGACAAUGUGCAGUUUUCCAGAACGUAUAGAAUUCUCAUCGGAUUUCUUUUUUCGUCAACUCUUCGAUGGUGAGAGUAGUACUUAUAGCUACUUACUGGCCGAUAUCUCCACCAAAGAAGCUGUGAUAAUUGAUCCCGUCUUAGAGCAAGCUAAACGUGAUGCACAAUUGGUUAAAGAUUUGGGUCUACAACUAAAAUAUGCCAUCAACACCCAUAUGCAUGCGGAUCACAUAACGGGCAGUGGUUGGCUACGUCAAUUGACCGGCUGUCAGACAAUUAUAGCAGCUGCCAGUGGUGCCAAAGCAGAUCUUCAUUUGAAGGAGGGUGAUAAAAUUCAAUUUGGACGUCAUUCAAUUGAUGCUUUGGCCACGCCAGGACAUACAAAUGGUUGUAUGAGCUAUGUGAUAAAAGAACAAGGCUGUAUCUUCACAGGAGAUACCAUUCUUAUACGUGGCUGUGGACGUACAGAUUUUCAAGAGGGCAAUCCCAAGAAUCUCUAUGAGAAUGUGCAUCAAAAGAUUUUCACAUUACCCGAGAAUUAUCGCAUAUAUCCAGCCCAUGAUUAUAAGGGACAAUUGGAGAGCACUGUGUGGGAGGAGAAACGUCUUAAUCCACGUUUGACCAAAAAUCUAGAAGAGUUUAUCAAAAUUAUGAAUAAUCUCAAUUUACCAUAUCCCAAAAAAAUUGAUGUUUCAGUGCCUGCCAAUCGGGAGUGUGGAGUCUAUGAUAUACCCAAGGAGCAAUAAAUUCAAUAAAUUUUGCACAUUUAUCUAAUAAAUAAUUAAAUAUUCUGCAUAAAACUAAA